AUGGUGCUGGUUUCCGGUCGCGAUGAACCCCUCCACAUCCGACUCAAAUCGUUCACUUAUGAACAAGCUGAUCAACUCUCUCGCGACCUACGCUCAUUUCUUCAACAAAAGAGUGUCCGCCUCGAGGUUGACUCCGAAGAAGACAUCGAUCGGGCUGGACGAAGGGCAAUGCCAAUCGAGGAGAAUACGUUAUACCGUGUUUUACGCACUCUGUGGUUCAGCGUGGUGAAACCGAUUUUCGACAUCUUGGAGUACUCGUGCCCUCCUGCAGACCGACCGCGAAUUUGGUGGUGCCCUACUGGGCCACUUGUUUUCAUCCCCAUCCAUGCUGCUGGAGUCUAUGGCUCAGAAGAGGACCCCGGAUUCUCUGUUUCCGACUUCGUCAUUUCAUCGUACACCCCAACCGUGAGCGUGCUCCUCGACAAGCUUCAAGAGGCUUCCGAGGAGAAACCAACACACUCGAGUGUACUUCUAGUCAGUCAGCCUGCAAUGCCAGGCUGUCGCCCAAUACCAGGUGUACAGGCGGAAACGGAGGCGCUCAACGCGAUGAUAGGAAAACGAGGUAUCAAGCCCCGUGUGCUUGAAAACGAAGCUGGGACGAUUGACCGAGUCAAGAAGGAGAUGGGUGCUCAUGGCUGGGUACACUUUGCCUGCCAUGGUGUCCAGAACAUUGGCGAGCCUUUGAGCAGUGGAUUCCGUCUGCAUGAUGGGCUCUUACAGCUACGCGAUAUCAUGCCCCUACGCCUCGCUAACACCGAACACGCAUUCUUGUCCGCAUGCCAAACUAGCACUGGAGACGAGAAGCUUUCAGACGAGGCUGUUCAUCUCGCAGCAGGAAUGCUCGCUGCUGGAUACAGGGGCGUCGUGGCGACGAUGUGGUCGAUCCAAGAUCAAUACGGGCCCGAAAUUGCGUCAGACUUCUACAGCCAUCUCUUGGAAAGUGGGAAGUUUACGGCGGGGGAGGGAAGGGAUCGGCAGCUUGAUGGUUCUGGUGCUGCUCGUGCACUCGACUUUAGCACGCAGAAAAUGCGAGGGAAGCUAGGAGAUGAGGAGAGAGCCCUCUUGGCAUGGUUGCCGUACGUCCACUUCGGAGCUUAG